AGCAGACAGGAAGGGGCGGAGCGCCAGCGGCGGCCAUGGGCAGAGCGCCGCUGGGGAGGACACGGAGCCAGCGGGCGGCGCAGGUAUGAGCCUGGCGGCUGCGUAAUCACCCCCACCCUGACCCUCGCCGCCCCGGCCGUCGGUCGGGAGUACACGAAGCCUGUGGUGACUCUCGGCGCUCAACACUGGGGGAGCGGCGACACCGUGUCCAUGGCCAUCGCGGCGGCUCCGUCUUCCUUGGCCCUCAAAGCCUCCAGCACGGUCGCGGUCCCCAGCUCCUAUGGAGUUUUCUGCAAAGGGCUCUCCCGCACCCUGCUCGCCUUCUUCGAGCUGGCCUGGCAGCUGCGCGUGAACUUUCCGUACUUUUACGUCGCAGGCUCGGUGAUCCUCAACAUCCGCUUGCAGGUACACAUUUAGUGCCCUUCUUACGCAGCCGACUUCCCGGCCGGGCCAUGGCCAACUUCCAGGAGGCUCGGUGGCGAAACGGAGCUGCGAACGCGGAGCUCGGGAUUCUCGCGAGAGGACUAGAGCGAGCGCUCUUUGCGGCUGCGCGCUCGGUCUCUGAUGGAGCUGCAGGGCGGUGGCGGAAAGCGGGUAGCGGCUGGAGAGGAGGUCAGCGGUGUUCCGGGUGCGGCGAAGAGCUUCAGUUAAGAUCUACGGCGAUAUUUAAGCUUUGCAACCUCAAAACAAAAACAGAACGAACAUGAUGCAUUAUAAAAAAGGAAGACUACUAAAGUUUUCAGGAAAAUUUUAAUGUACAACAAACUCAUGGUCCAAAUUAAAAUAAGAAAACAUACAUUUCGGGAAUAUUGGAUUGUAAGCAAGACAUUGAAUGAAUAAGAAGCUGAAGAUCUUAAACAUAUGUGGAAGACAAAUACAUUUCUUCAACAAGAGAAAACCAAAACCUUCAGAAAUGUUCAGUGGAAAAGCCCAGCGGUACCGGAAAAGCAUCCGUCUAAUACCAGAUAACGUGAAAUGCUGCUGGAUUUUGAACAGAGGGUUGGAGUGUAAGAAAGUGGGCUGUCUUUCGGUGUCCCUGUGAGUAGCGUGUAGUUCAGGACCUUGGAGCCAACAAGAAGGAAAUCCCGUCACAGCCCUAAGCUUGGCUACUUCGUGAAUAAUAUUUAAGUAAUUGUCAUUAGUAUAAAUGAUGUUUAUUGUUUUCAUCUGUUGAGAAAAUACUUAAUUGUAGUUCCAUGUUACCAGCUUUGAUAAUGGAAAAGUACAGUUUACCAGCAGGGAUGUUGAAAGUGGGGAGGGAAAAGUAGAGGAAAUGAUGGUGUUCUUGUAAAGUGGGAAGUUGAGAGGUAUAGUUUGUUGUCAGUGGGGAAAGAGGCAUUUUAUUAUUUAAAGAGUAAAUGACAUAGGGAGUAUGCCAUCAAGUUGCAAAAAUCGUAAUCAUAUUGUUAUAAAAGGAAAGAAAAUAGGGGAGAACAGCACGAAUUCAAUAAGAAAUGCCUAAAGAUAGCAAGUUAGUUGGAGUGCCUCACAAAGGAAAACAGAGUACUGGGUGUGUUUGAAUAUAAAGACGAAAUUUAUAAUCUUUCAGAGUCUGGAGAUGAAUUGGUGGACUGCAACUUUUUUAAAAAUUAAGGAAAUAUAUCCGUUAUGAAACAGGAAAAUUCAGAGUUUUUUAAGAACAGCAUUGCAGGGGCACCUGGGUGACUCAGUGGGUUAAAGCCUCUGCCUUUGGCUCAGGUCAUGGUCUCAGGGUCCUGGAAUCAAGCCCCACAUGGGUGGAGGUGGAGGGUGGGGAGAUGGGGGGGUGGUCUCUGCUCAGCGGGACCCUGCUUCCUCCUCUCUCCCUGCCUGCCUCUCUGACUACUUGUGAUCUCUGUCUAUCAAAAAAACAAAAAACAAAAACAACAACGUUGCAUACUUCAGUGGUGAAUAAUACUGGUCAUAUAAAGCCAGUCAUGAUGUAAAUACUGAAUACUAAUACAACAAGAAAUGAUUAUGUAACGUUGGGGGAUUGGAGAGGGGAGAGGUGUGUGUAAUGGGGAAGAAUCAGUCAAGAUCUAAUACAGAGAGGUCAAUAAAAUAAACAUUCAAAAACUAGUAAGAAGUGGUUGUCUCUGGAGAAAAAAGGAUUACUGUCCUUCACUAUCAAUCUAACUAUUUUGUUUUUUUUCUUAAUUGUACAUAUGUAUUUCUAUGAUUAAAACUUGUUUUAAAUAAAUUUCAUUUUUAAAAGUUC